GCCGGCCGGGUGCGCGACGUGUGCGGCUGCUGCUGGGAAUGCGCCAACCUCGAGGGUCAGCUCUGCGACCUGGACCCCAGCGCCCACUUCUACGGGCGCUGCGGCGAGCAGCUUGAGUGCCGGUUGGACGCAGGCGGGGACCUGAGCCGCGGGGAGGUGCCGGAGCCGCUGUGUGCCUGCCGCUCCCAGCGCCCGCUCUGCGGAUCCGACGGCCGCACCUACGCGCAGAUCUGCCGCCUGCAGGAGGCGGCCCGCGCGCGGCCCGACGCCAACCUCACUGCGGCGCACCCGGGGCCCUGCGAAUCGGAGCCCCAAAUCGUGUUGCACCCAUAUGACGUUUGGAACGUGACGGGGCAGGAUGUGAUCUUUGGCUGUGAGGUGUUUGCCUACCCCAUGGCAUCCAUCGAGUGGAGGAAGGACGGCUUGGACAUUCAGCUGCCAGGGGAUGAUCCUCACAUCUCAGUGCAGUUCAGGGGUGGACCCCAGAGGUUUGAAGUGACAGGCUGGCUGCAGAUCCAGGCUGUGCGUCCCAGCGACGAGGGAACCUACCGAUGCCUGGCCCGCAAUGCUCUGGGCCAAGUUGAGGCCCCAGCUAGCCUGACAGUGCUCACGCCUGACCAGCUGAACUCUACAGGCACCCCCUGGCUGCCGUCCCUACAUCUGGUUCCUGAGGAGGAGGCUGAGAGUGAAGAGGGCGAGGAUUACUACUAGGUCCGGAGCUCCGGCCUGUGGGGGUGGGUGAGUGGGGAUAGUAUUCAUCCCUGCUUUUGAAAAGACCUCAAAUGGGAAGCAGGGCCCUUUAAUCACUUUUAUGCCCAUGAUAGGCAAGAAGUGGUGGUGGUGGUGGUAAGUAGGAAGACAAAGUUGGAGGACCAGAAGAGAGGCAGAGGCCAGGGUUGGUGGGAUGCAAAGGGGCCCAUGGAGAGAGAGCCCUGGCCAGGACAGUCUGCAGUGUGUACCAACCAGCCAGAAGACAGUAGCCGCCUGCCGGUCCCUAGGUCCCUAUGAGGUAGGGGAGGAGAGUGAAGAAUAGACACAAAGAGGCAAUCAGGAUCCUCUGUUUCUUUUUGGCAGCCCUGCCUCCAGCCCUGCACAGUCAGCCUUUCUAACUGCCCUUCACCACAGCUCCUGCUGUCAUUUUUCUAGUCCCUAACCUUCGCCUAGCCUGUUUACCCUUCCUCAAAACUCACCUUCCAGAGAUUCCCACCCCCCCUCACCUAAGUCCCAGUUGCACUUACCAACCGCAGUCCUCUUUGCUGUUGGCCAGCUGUUGUCUAGAAAAGCACAAUGGAGCAUGGUUUAGUCCAGGGCAGUAACAUGGGCAUUUGGUCAUGUCUAACUUCUGUCAUUCUGGAAACUCCACAAGGCCAGCCCCAUCUCUUAUACCACUCUGUAUUGGACAAUGCCUCGCACUGGACUAGGCACAGUAGGCACGCAAUAAAGGACUUAUGAACAACUUGA